AUGGCGCGCCCAAUCGAGUAUAUCAGUAGCAUUGACGAUUCGAAGGAUUUGUGGAAGGUUGCUGUUAGAUGUAAGCAUCUGUGGUCUGUUACCAGUUCUCAGAAUAGAGAGCACUUAGAGCUUAUUCUGUUUGAUUCAAAGUUGGAUUUGAUUCAAGCCAUUGUGCCAUCUUAUUUGGUCCAACUUGCUGACAUACCUCUGAACCACCUCAAGUUAAUUGGAAUAAAUGCUAUUAUUGAGGGUAAAUACAGAACGAAUUUGUUAUAUGAUAUAAUUGGUGGGGUUACUGAAAUAUCCCAAGCCCAGAUAAUUCCUGAUAACAACAAAAGCAAGGUUGUGUUUUCAUUAACUGAUCUGAGGAUCAAGGAACCUCAAGGAAAUUAUCCUUUAAAUGUAUCAAAUGCUUGGAACGGCACAAAACUGCUCAUCAAUGAUUUGUCUAUUGAGGAGGUUAAAAACCUUAAAGAGAAACUUAAAGAUGAUCUGCCGACGCUCUCAUCCUCGAGCAUGCAAAUGGAAACCACAAAUACCUCUGUUUUUUCUGAUUUGGACAAAUUUGUAUGGAAAGCUGAAGUGUUGAGUCUGUCUGAUAUUGCAUAUCUGCAGACUGAAACUACAUGUGUGACUGUUGCGACUCUGGAGAAGUUUGAAUGUGGGCAGUCAGGAUGGUAUUAUGAUGGAUGUAGUGAAUGUACCAAAAGUGUGACUUUGAAGGAUGGAAAAUUCAUGUGUUAUUCCAAACACAUCAGUUCUGAGCCAGUCCCAAGGUUUAAGCUUGAAGUGCUUGCCUCCGCUGGAAAGUUAAAAUACAAGUUCAUAUUUUGGGAUGUAGAUUGUGUAAAGUUGAUUGGGAAGUCCGCCCUUCAGAUGAAGUUGGAUUUGAUGGAGACUGGAGAUUUUGAUCCCCUUGAAUUCCCUUAUGAACUUGAUGUGAUGCUGAAGAAGGAGUUGGCUAUAAGAGCAGUGUUUCAACCAAACAAGGCCAGUCUUUCUGUAAUCGGAUUUAAGGCAGAUGAAGUGCUACGUACCAAAAUAAAGGAGAGGUUUAAAUGUGAAGAGCACACUUCAAAGAUUGUCGUCUCAACAGAUGACACUCGGGAUGAUAUGCAUACAUCAUCGUGUACUCCGACCAUCAGCACCUCGGAAAAACAGUCUCAUGCUGAUCCACAAACAGUUUCAGAUCCGUUAUCAAUCACUGCAGAUUAUGACCCUUCAGUUGCCAACUCUGCACUUACACCGUCAAAAAGAUCUAUUCCUGAGACAGUUGAAGAACUCGACAGUGCCCAACUAUCGUCCACCAAGAUAAUAAGGGACAUCAAGCUGGAGAAAUGA